GCAAGAAGAAAUCACAGAUAGAGUUCACAUACACAUGCACCAGCCAGCUCCACAGAGACACACGCAUCUCAAUCGCAUCCACCACUCGAGCUCGAGACACGGUUCGUUCCAUCGCGUCGCCCGCAUCCGUAUCGUAUCCAUCGCACCACAACACACUGCCUGUCUUUCCUUCCAUCCAUUUCACCAUCCAUCCGUCCAUCCCAUCCCAUCCCAUCAACGGCACACGCGAUCCCCUCCUUGGCUUUCCAUCCAUCCAUCCCAUCACAUGCACAGCCAGCCAGGCAGACAGCAGCCCCCGAAAUGCAGGCAGGCAGACAGAGGGCGGGAGACAGCGAAGGGCAAUAGAGAGACGACAAGUCCUGCCACCAGAUGGGGGCUGGGAGGAAGGCAGAGGGAGGUGGCCAGCUGACACUUCUAUGGGCAUUCGCAGCCAUACAAACGUGUACAGUACAAUCGGUGUCGGCUUCGAUGGCUCUCCACUGUCUCUCUCAGGAGGUUCGAGUGGGCUGUGACAGAUCUCUGGCACUUUCUGGUGUCAUCUUGCAUCUUGGGAAAGCGGCUUUGCCGGGGGCCGUUGAGAGACACUGGACUGGGUUCCCGGCACCAUUGCCAGCCUGCAUCAGGCAAAUGGAUGGAACGUGUGUCUUUAGGCCCUCCCUGUAUGUGUGCUUUGGUCAGUGUGCCUUCAUACCUGUGGUCGUAUGCGCCCUAUCGAUCCACGAUAUCGAGCAGGUAAUGAGAAUGCCAAUGCGCGUCAGGAGAGAGCUCCUGCACACACAUGAACAAUCAGCCAACAGAGAGAAGAAUGAUCACCAAGAACUCUGCCCCUUCGGUUUGACUAAUAACUCGCCAACUCACCUGUCAACUGUGUCCCGGGCGAGCCGCUCGACAGAAUCACGAAACUGCUGUCCGGGUGUCUUUGCUGCGAGUCAGUCGGACAAGUACCAACACACCAGGUGUGUGUGUGGUGGUGAGAGUGCAUAUUCCGUGUCGGCCCACCAGGUUGACUUGAGUUGAGUUGGCCCUGCAU